AUGUCUGAAACGCCAGUAAAUCAGAAUUCUGGCAUAGAUAAGGGAUGUGAAAGAAAUCACAGUAGGGAUAACAGGAAAGAUGACAAAAAAAUUCGCAAGCUCGAGCAACCCAUUUUUAACAGAGAUGAUCCAUUUGGCUGGACUUUCAAGGCUGACAGAUACUUCGCCAUUAAUCAAUACAAAGAGAAGGAGAUGGUGGAGGCAGCAGCCAUGUGCAUGGAAGGAAGAGCCUUAAACUGGUAUCAAUGGCUUGAAUCCCCAAGACCAGUCCAGAGUUGGAAGGACUUCAAAGUGGCUCUAAUUGACAGAUUCAGACCAUCCUUUCAAGGGACAGCCUAUGAGGCACUGGUAGCACUAAGACAGAUUGCUUCAGUGACAAAGUACCGUGAAGAAUUUGAAGCACAUACAGCGCCGUUGAAAGAAUUAAGAGAGGAGAUGCUGAUGGGAAUCUUCAUCAAUGGACUGAAAGAAGAAAUCAGGGCUGAGUUGCCUCUUAUACAGGCCAAGGAUGUGGGUGAAGUGAUGGAGCAGGCCUAUCAGAUCCUAUUAGCUUGGGAAGAUGAGGAUCCAGAGAAGGGCGAAACAGUACCAGAUGACGAUGAAGAACCCAAUACUGAAGGUAACCCUCUAGCUCUAUCCAUGAACUCUAUUGUGGGAAUCACCUCUAACAAGACUCUGAAAAUAAAGGGGGAGAUUGAAGGGGUGGGAGUUAUUAUGUUGGUUGACAGUAGGGCAUCCCACAAUUUUAUUUCUCACGACUUGGUGCGCAAACUGGGCAUGCAAAUUGAAACAGGAAAAAGGUUUAGGGUAAUGGUUGGUAAUGGUGUCACAGUGAGAGGAGAAGGAGUUUGUAGGGCAGUACCACUGGAAGUUCAAGGCGUCAGGAUUACCUAG